GCUCCUUGAGUACGAGCGAUUCCUAGGGUCUCUUAUCCGGGUUAGUUUUGUGCUCCGUGUGGCUCACGGCUUGUGGGAUUGCAUGAAUAUCCGUACAGUGGGCUCUCUCCGCGGACAUGCAACGCUGCCAGGAGGUUGAUGUUUUCCCCUAGGGAGCCUCCAGGGUUGCCUCAGAGACAGACCCCCGAGGGUUCGUCGCCCGUCUCCUGAACACGACCCCGCCUUUUAUUGGGCUAACCCGUCCACGGGCUCUUGCCACACGUACCCAGCAUUCAGUCUCCGCAGGCCCUUCAGCCAACCCGCUGGGGUCAUACAGCGUCACCAUGGACACCGAGUCAACGUACUCUGGGUACUCCUACUACUCAGGCCGCUCCAGGGGCUCCCACAAGCCUGGGGAACGCAGCCGACACAAGUCACGCAGCAAAGACAGCAGCCGCUCCGAGAAGUCGGUCACCAUCAACGCCCCGCCAGCUGAACCACUCCUGGGAGACUCGUCCAUUCGCGGAGAGGAGGUCCAGGAUGACAACUGGGGCGAGACGACCACAGCGGUCACGGGCACGUCAGAGCACAGCCUCUCGCAGGAUGAUAUCGUACGAAUCACCAAGGACAUGGAGGACAGCGUGGGCCUGGACUGCAGGCGCUACGCGACGCUGACGGUGAGCGCCGUGCUGGGCCUGCUGGUGCUGCUCACCCCGGUCGCCUUCCUGGUGCUGCCGCACGUGCUGUGGAAGCCGCAGGACUGCGACACUGCGUGCCAGGGCCUGCUCAUCUCACUGACCUUCAAGCUGCUCAUUCUGCUUCUGGCCGUGUGGGCGCUGUUCCUGCGGCCCCGGCGCGCUCGCCUGCCCCGCGUCUUCGCCUUCCGCGCCCUGCUCAUGCUGCUCAUGCUGCUCGUCAUCGUCUCCUACUGGCUCUUCUACGCCGUGCGCAUCAUCCAGUCGCAGGAUAAGAACUACCACAGCAUCGUGCAGUACGCCGUGUCGCUGGUAGACGCGCUGCUCUUCAUCCAGUACCUGGCCAUCGUGCUGCUGGAGCUGCGCCACCUACAGGCCACCUUCUCCGUCAGGGUGACUCGCUCCACGGACGGCGAGACGCGGCACUACAGCCUGGGCCAGCUCAGCAUCCAGCGUGCCGCACUGGCCAUCCUGGAGAACUAUUACAGGGACUUUGCCGUCCACAACCCAGCUCUGCUGAUGGCUGCCAAGUCUCGUGCCGCCAAGCAUCUGGCCGGUCUCAAGGUCUACAACGUGGACGGCCCGGCGAACAACACCACCCCCAGCCAAUCCCGGGCCAUGAUUGCAGCAGCUGCCCGCCGCCGGGACACCAGCCACAACGAGCUGUACUACGAAGAAAUGGAUCAGGAACGGCGCGUGAGGAAGAGGAAAGCCAGGCUGGUGGUGGCGGUAGAGGAGGCCUUCACCCACAUCAAGCGCAUGCAAGAGGAGGAGCAGAAGAAGACCCCUGGAGAGGUGAUGGACCCACGAGAGGCAGCUCAGGCCAUCUUUCCCUCCAUGGCGCGCGCCCUGCAGAAGUACCUCCGCACCACUAGGCAGCAGCACUGCCACACCAUGGAGAGUAUUCAGCAGCAUCUGGCUUUCUGCAUCACCAACAACAUGACGCCCAAGGCCUUCCUGGAGAGCUACCUGAUCGCCGGUCCCACGCUGCAGUACGGCCGCGAGCACUGGCUGGCCCGGCACUGGACUCUCGUCAGCGAGGAUUCUGUCACCAGCGGCCUGAAGGACGGAUCCGUCUUUCUGCUCAAGUGCAUAGACUUCAGCCUGGUGGUGACCGCCAGGAGGAUCCCAUUCAUUAAGCUGUCCGAGGAAUUUAUCGAUCCCAAGUCGCACAAAUUUGUCCUUCGACUGCAGUCAGAAACAUCUGUUUAGAAAUACAUAUAUAAAUAUAUUUUUAAUUACUUUCUAAAUUUUUUUUAAGCAGUUUUCUUUUUUUCCACAUUUGUAAAUUUUUUUCAGUUCAGUUUGCUGUUGUCCUUUGGUUUUAUUCAACUUUAUAUUAUUCAUAUAAAUCUAUAUAUGAAUAAAUAUAUGCUUUUAAAUAUAUAUAUAUAUAUUUUGUGUAGUUCUGGAGGAAGUGGCAAAUUUGAAAGCUCUAAACCAACAAAGCUGAAGAAGAUGAAGUACCGGACUGUCUAUGCCGGAGUGAGUUUUCAUUUGUGCCCUCACUGCCUGCUACCCCCACCAAUAAAGACAAUUAGGGGCUGGCGAAGAGCCAGAAGACAACAGGGUCUGUUGCUAUGACUACGGACAUUUUGUGGACUACUGACGACUGCAAACUGAUAGUGGAAGUGGGGGAGCAGAGGAUGAAAUUUUCAGUUACUUUUAUUUCAUUCCAUAAACAAGAGGUUUGCGAGCACUCGGUAUGCCAGCAGUUAUUUAAUUAUUAUUAUUACAGUUUUUUAUACCUGCGUUUUUUAAAAUGACACUUCCUGCAGCUGGAGUUUGGUUACGUCUCGAACAAAAAACGUCUGGAUGCUCAGUGCUUCAGUGCGUUCUUACAAGUUGUUAUAGCAACGGCCCUCUCGAGUGCACCGAAAUCUUGACCAACUACAAUUGUUCAGGUGCAUUUUCAAAGAUUUUUUUUCUAUUGAGGAACUGUAUAUCUGUAUGUAUGUUUGGAUGUGUGCGUGUCUGUAAUAUAUAACUUUUUGUGCACAUGAGGAAUGUAAGCUGCUCGCGUAAUUCACACUUUUUUAUAUAUAAAAAGAAAAAAAACGACUCCGAUGGACACCCCUCCCACUUCUCUCAUAGCUUUUUUAUCUUAACUGAGAGCUCCUGAAAAUGUACCAGCCUCAAUGCAGAAAACGCGGUUACUGCAUUAUCGAGACUCUUGCAGGAAUCUGCGGCCACAUUAACCCACAUUUAAAAUGUCCAAUCUGGUGUUCGCCAUGCCCUGAGUCAUGGCUUGUCCUUCUGAUGAAUUUUGUUCUACACACAAAACAAAGACCUUGUCUGUCUGACCAGAAAUGGAUUCUCCGCAGUAUUUGGUGUUUUUGGGGAAUAAAUUUGAUUAUUGCUCAGUUACA